CACACGUUGUACGUAAAGUACAAGAACGUCAUGCGUUAGAUAUUUCCCGCAUGCAUUGCACACUGCAUCUGCAACUGAACCACUCAAUACGCGACAGAACUUCCGUUCCGGGCUGAGUGGGCACUGAGUAUUUAGAGUAACAGAGGAUAUUGUUUGGCAGUAACAAGAAAAGGCUUGUUGAAAUCCCACAAACACUUUUAUUUAUGAGUAAUAAGCAGCCCAAACCCGUCCUCACAGGCCAGCGGAUUAGGACCCGGAAACGGGAUGAGAAAGAGAAGUACCACCCUAAUGGCUUUAGUGAAAUUCUCGUGAAUGGUCUCAACGACGUAAACGUGAAUGAUCUGGAAGAGGUCGCCAAGUAUCUGGAUGGUGCUGGCAGCAAGCUUGACUACAAGCGUUACUGGGAGACACUCUUUGAUAUUCUGUUGGCCGGCGGGAUCUUAGCCCCUGGGGGCAAUCUCCUCCAAGAUGACGAUAAGAAAGAGACCGCCAUUAGUAAAUUCUGCCUCUUCUCAGCGGAGGAGACCACCGAGGCUAUUAAGGGUGUUGCCACGGUGUUCCAGCGAUUGACGAGACGUUACAGGUACUUGGGAAAGAAACUGGAGGAUGAUGAGAUGAAAAAGAUCCUGUCGUUCCUGAAGUCUUUCAGCCCGUCGGAGCGCAACAAGCUGGCCAUGUUCACGGGGCUGUUCCUGAGCACCGGCGAGAGUCCUGCCAACUGCCUGGAGAGCUUGAUGAACGAGACUCUGGUCAAGGAAGGGAUUUCCCUGGAGUUCUUCAAGGUGAUGUUCCGCACUUGGCUUGGGGAGAAAGACAUGAGCAGUAUCGCCAAGGUCCUCCGCAAGGCCUCCAUGGAUCGUAGACUCCUGGAGGUCAUCCCUAGUACUAAGAGGACUGAAGCUUACUUUGAGAAAUACUUCGCUGAGGCCGGCUUGGAUCAACUUGUCACCUUCCAGAGGAACUUGCAGCAUGACGACAACAAGAACGUCUUCAUGACAGAACUGAAGGAACUGCUGGAGAAGGAAUCUCCUCCCACGCCUAAAGAAUUGAUUGCAAUCUGCACCGAGAUGCAAGCUAAGACGUUACUGACUGAGCCAGAAGUGGCCAAUCUGAUCUGGAACUGUAUCAUGGACAUUGUGGAAUGGAACAAGAGAGAAGAAUUGAUUACUGAACAGGCGCUGAGACACAUCAAGCCCUAUACACCUAUCCUGGCUGGCUUCACCUCUCAGGCAAGCACCGAGUUGUCUCUUCUGUACGAGAUCCAGGAAUACUGUUACACCAACAUCAACUUCAUGAAGACUUUUCAGAAGAUUGUGUUCCUUCUCUACAGAACUGAUGUCCUGUCCGAGGAGACCAUCUUGAAAUGGAACAAGGAAUUCCAAGUGGGCAAAGGCAAGAGCGUCUUCUUGACUCACAUGAAGCAGUUCGUGGAAUGGCUGGAGAAUGCGGAGGAAGAAUCUGACGAGGACGACUAAAGGGGUCAUAGUUCAGCUUCCUACCUCAGAGGCAACUUAGCCGGACAACUAGAGAAAAAUUUUUAAAAACGGCUCCUCGUUGCGAUAGUCAAAUACUUGGGUUUACAGGAAUGGUAGUUGUAGACAAUACCGUGUUUAAUUAUGCAAUAUUUGUUUUUCUGUAAAAGAUUUAUCAGUAGUAAUGUAUGUGAUACUUAACUUUUCAAAAAAAUACCCUUUUAAAAAUGAGACUUUGGUCAUAUUUCUUUGAGUAAACUUUGUAUGCAUAUUUUUUUGAAUAACCAGCACUUAAAAAGUAUUUUCCACAUUCCUUGGUAACAUUUUGAGUUUUAGAGUCACGCAGAGAUCUUGUCUCGAAAAGUGGCUUUUUCCCCCGUAAUGCUUUCUUUUACUAACAAACAACCGAGGCCUUGGAUUUGGUGAAGAUGUUACAUGUUUUACAAGGAUAUCUGCCUGUUCGUCUACACAGAUUUUUUGCUCGUAAGGGAUACUUAUUUUGAUAGUAUUUUUAACGAAGUAGUGUGAGAGUCUUGUAGUCCCUUAUUAAAAAAAAAAAAUGGAAACAUAACUUGCAGAGACUUAUCUUGUUUGUUUAUUAUUUUUUUUAAUGAAAUGUCAAAACAACAGUAUACUUCCAUUUUGUAAAAAGGUGAAUCACAAAAUGAAAUUAAAUAGACAAAACGUUGAUUGGUGAUAAAUGUUGUCACCGGGGGAUAAAUUCCUGGCGCUGCUAAGCACGGAUAAGAUUUGCUAAGCAAGAUGAAGGUUUACCAGCCACAAUGCCAUGUGAUGUCUACUGCUUUUCCACUGGUUCCCACUGAUUUUCGCUUAGCACACAUCAGCUAUGCAAUGUUUUCUGCACCCAGGAAUUUGAGCCCUGGAGUUGACCAAACUAUACGCGAUUUCUUUGAUACAUGUGCGUGUUUGUUUUUGAAUGUUAAGUAAAUUGGUGUUCAUUUUUUGAAAAUGUGUCCAGUUUUUAUCCUGUCUUUGUCAUGUGAUCUCUCUAUUGAAAGUGUUACUCAGAAAUCAAAUAUGUAGCAUUUCGCAGCGAUUUAAAUGCUGUGGUUGCUUGGUAAAGUUUGGGAUUAGUUUGCUUCACAAAAAAUAAACGUUAGUUUUUACUGGGUUUUUUUUGUUGUUGUUGUUGCUCUUUUUGUCUUGCAUUUAUCAAGUAUAGAAAUCAAAACACUGGCAAUUCUUACCUUCGAUAAUUAUCACGAAAAGUUGAUUUUCAGUCUUGGGUUAGGGGAAAAAUACUGCAUAAAUUACGUCAUUGUUCUUAAUGUCAAAGUGUACAUGAAAUUAUAUGUGUUGCAUAAAAAAACAAGAUCUUUUUUUUCGCUCAUUAAUUUGAUGUAAGAAACUGACGACGACCCAUUUUCUACAGUUGAUGGCGCACUUCGGAUCUGUCUCAAGAACGUUUGAGGGUUCCAUCUAUUUUUGUGGUUAUUUAACAAAUAAAACCGCACAAUUGGUUCUAUUUUUGUGAGGGGAUCUUUUUAAGAUUUUUCUGUGUAUAACAUAUGUUCUGAUUUUUGGUUUAUUUCAAUUUUGAGGAGAAAUAAAUUGCUGGGAAAAAUAAAAA